AUGGUAACUCAUUUCACCAAGCUUCCGUCGCAUGGUUUUGCCGUAAGGACACUAUACCGGAAUCUUUUGAAAGAGGCUCGUCGAGCAUUACCGGAUAAUUCUACCAAAGCUGAAUCGCUCAUCACCGAUCAAUUCCAGAAAAAUAAGCGCCUUAGCUCACCGUGGAGAUGUCGUGAUGAGCUAACCAGGGGUAAUUCGAUAUACGAGACUUUACUGGUAUUACUUCCCGGAUCAUCUAAUGCUUCACAAUCUGGGUCCCCUGAUGCCCCAAAUACUACUGUUGGUGCUACUGAGGAUGUUGUAUCAUCGUGGCCAAUCAUUGAAAAAUUGAUCAGUGAUGCGGAAAAUUACCUGCCAGUACACUAUGGCCAUCGGAAAAAUAUCAUGAACUUUCCCAAAGUUAUAGAACCAUCAUUGAACCCGCCGCCACCCCUGACGGAAUCGCGAGACGCCCAUGCGAAACUUCAAAGCGACCGAACUAGGGUAUUGAACUAUCUCCGGCUUGAAAACCCCGGCACCUGGGGACGUGAAGUGGAUAUCGACAUAACCGCUUCUAAAUCAGUGGAUAUCCUUAAGAAAUUGGCCCAUCGGCAAUCGAUGCGUCGACUUGGUCGAUUACGUUAUAUUUUCCGCCAAAGAGGGCCUUAUAAAAUCCGGAAAUAUCAGAAAUGGUUUUCGUACCAUGGAUCAAUGUACCAAUUCUUAAGGCUUCCGUGGAGUCAAAACCCCAAGACCAGCAUUUAUUUACAACAGCUCCGGAAGUUCCAAGAUUUAUUGGUCAAUAUGCACCAGCAGCGCAAAGAAAUUUUAAAAUGGUGUACCAUGGAGGCUGCUUGGGAGUACCGGAUCUCGGGUAAACAGGACCGUGAGUACAUGAAGCAGUUAAAACGUGAAUGGUCGUACGGAUUCAUGUCUACCAUUCUGUAUAAUGAAAAGAAAUAUGGAUGGGCCAUGAAGAAGUGCAGAGCUUAUAACAAACGAAUCAACUCGCAGAAACAAAAGUAUCAAGAGUUGAUGAAUAAAUGGCACAUUGAGAAGUUGGAAAAGUUUGAGAAGUUGGAAACUUACUUGAAAGAGAAUGAUGUGAAGCAUGAUCUGAGCCCAUCAUUAGGAGAAGUUAUGAGACAGUUUGGAUUCAAGGGUAACUGA